UGGCCAGGGACUUGCACCAGCCUCUUCCUCCCAUCAACCAUCGGCCCAGCUUCCCUCGAGCCGCCGAUCCGAUCCAGUCCCGGUCUAACACCCCACCCUACUGCUGCUGCUCUCUCGCCCCAGCCAUGUCGUACUAUGAGCGCACCGAUCUCAAGGCCUACUCGCUGUGGCUCGUCCCCAGCGACCCUGCCAUUGCCGCCCGGCUGGGGUCGAUCAUCGGCCACUAUUCCAGAGAGCUCGACACCCCGCUGUGGUCGCCCCACAUCACCCUGCUUGGCGGGAUCGCCUCCAAGCCCGAGCGAGUGCGUGAUCUGACAGCACAGGUAGCCAAGGCCGUUCCUCCGUUCCGGGUCAAGCUCGAGGCAAUCGCCAUCAAGGACAUGUUCUUCCAGUGCGUCAUGGCGGUGCCCGGGCCAAGCGACGCUCUGGUUCGGCUCAACGAGGCAGCCCGCGAGGGCUUUGGCCAGAUCGGGGCACCGGAAUACUGGCCACACCUGUCCCUGGUAUACGGCGACCUCGAGCACUCUGUCAAGCAGCGUGUGGCCGACGAGAUCAAGCGCCAGAGCACAGUCGUCGGCAUCGAGUUUGAGAUCUCGAGCGUCCAGAUAUGGUCGAUGGAGGGCGAAAUCAAGGACUGGGCUCUGGUGGCUGAGUUUCCGCUUGGGUCAUGAAUGCGAAUGUGAAUGCGAAUGCGGUGGCGAGAGGCGGUCCUGGCAGACGGAGGCGGAGAAGGGAUGGAACGAACGAACACGAUGGAACUACAUAUCAACUGUAUGGGCCCGAUGGCUGUGAGCGGGGCAUGCUGAUGCUGGCGCAUGCUGACACACGUUCGUGCUCAUGUCCAUGCUCAUGCUCAUGCCCAUGUUCAUGUUCAUGUUCAUAGCCCCCAGGCUCCGCCGAAUAAGCUCUGGAAUGUGAACGGAGAGGAAGGG